UGACGUGGUUCAGAGUGAAGCUGUGGUAUCCGCCCGGUUGGCCCUUUUUAGUUCUGCUCUAUUUUAUUCCUUGUGACGGAGGCGGUGGCUCCAAAGACAUAAUCGAUAGGGGUUAUAAGCUGCUUAUUCGUGGGACUGCGUCAGAGUCCCCGACGUUUUGACUUUAAAGAUCGGGCUACAAAUCUACACAAAGACUGUGUUUAGUAGACUGUGUAACUGAAAGGAGGCCAAAAUGAAGUUGUAUAGUAUGAGCGUUUUCUGUAAAGGAGAAACAAAAGUUAACCUGCUGAAAUCAGCGUACGACCUCAAUUCCUUCAGCUUCUUCCAGAGGUCCAGUGUUCAAGAGUUCAUGACCUUCACCAGCCAGUUAAUUGUGGAACGUACUCCAAAAGGAUCACGUGCAUCUGUGAAAGAACAAGAGUAUUUAUGUCAUGUUUAUGUCAGAAAUGACUCGUUGGCUGGAGUAGUGAUUGCAGAUAAUGAAUACCCUUCUAGAGUUUCCUUCACCUUACUGGAUAAGGUAUUAGAUGAAUUUGGUAGACAGGUGGACAGUAUAGACUGGCCAUCAGGGUCCCCCGCAACAAUCAAUUACACAGCACUUGAUGCCUAUCUUGCAAAAUAUCAGAAUCCUCGUGAGGCAGAUGCAAUGACUAAAGUCCAGGCAGAACUAGAUGAAACCAAAAUCAUUUUGCACAACACAAUGGAAUCUUUGUUGGCUCGAGGGGAAAAGCUGGAUGAUCUUGUUUCCAAAUCUGAAGUGCUAGGAACACAGUCUAAAGCUUUUUAUAAAACAGCCAGGAAGCAGAACUCAUGCUGUGGAAUUAUGUGAACAUCAGAAGGAGCAGGAAUGUAGAGUGGGGAACAUCCAACAUUUUGCUUCAUCUGAUUCAAUUACCCAGAAUAACGGAAAACAGCAAAGUAACAUCAUCGUGGGGUGGGGCUGGGAGAAUCUUCCUCAGUGACACCUCACCAGAAGUGCUGAUUUGGAAUCCAAGGGGUAGAGAAAAUAUGUUUCUUUCAAGAGCUUCUGACACAUCAUAAUAUACCCCAUUGUUACUCUUAAGGCAAUGGUGACUUUAAAAAAUAUUAUUGUUUAGUCCAUUGGUGCAGAACAUAUCUCUGUCGGACAUGAAAUUAUAAUUGUUGAAAUCAUGGGGCUGCAAUGCUGCAAACUCUGAAGCUGUUUUAAAGUUAUGUAUUUGAAAUGUACUCGCAUCCCACUGCAGAACCUGUGUGUUUACCUUAAGACUUUAAAACCCUGUGCACACUGGCAUUUUUUGGAUAUUAACUGAUCACUGUAUCGUCAUGUGUGUUAUUUUUUUCUUAAGUUAAUCAAAACCUUUUCAAGUAUCUUGCAUUGUACUACACUAAAACAGUAUGUUUUGUUCUUUUAAACCAAUUUGUGUACAAAUUGAGAUGCCCUUGUUUGUCUUUGAGUUUUAGUUUAGUGUAAUUCUGUCACCUGUGAUAUGGGAAAAACCUGUAGCUGUCUUACUGAUGCAGGUCAGAGCAGAGAUGUAUGUAUGGAACCAGGAGCAGGUUGCAGCAGAGAUACAUAUGUAGAACCAGAAGCAAUAAAGAAUGUUUUCUGCAGUUGCAUUGCACAUUUCUGUAUCCCCUCAUCUAGCUGGUUAAAGCUGUGAAUAUGAAAAUGCACGUCUGCUGCAUUGAAGGUAUCUAACCUUUAGCAGUAAGUUAACUUUUUGUUGUAGUUUCUGUUUCUGCUACAACAGAGAGACAUACCAGCUUACAUCCUUUGUACAAGGCAAAAAUUUAACUACUACUGUAGUUGACAGCUUUGCUGUUUUUUUAUUUGGCACAAAAGGGUUUGUAAGUAAUGUCACUCCUGAUUUACUGCACUACACUCCAUGCACAUCUUGACCAUUUACGUCUCACUAAGUGUGGAAAUAUGCAUGCACGCACGCACGCACAUACAGUAUGGUGCUCUUCACUACCAAGCUGUCCCUGAACUGUGUGCGCGCGCACGCACACGCUUCUCUGUGUUACAAAACCAAGAGAACGUUCUUUGCUGCUGUAGUUGUGCUACCCUUGUAAUUCUGGUGUAACAGAUGGUUCAGCUCUUGGUGACCCUUCUCUUAGGUCCUGUCUUGUCUUGAGUGGGCUUUUUUAUCAGAAUAUGCCAGUUUGUGCAAGAUGUAAUCUGGGGUCUUUGAAGUUUGCAGUCUGAGUCAUACAGUGGGAGUUAAAAAGAGGGGGAUAUCUAGUGCUAUUGUGCCAGUACUCACCCAUAUACUGCACUCAUGUUUUAAAGAAAAGUUCAGCACUAAUCAUUCUUUGACCAUCUUUGUUCAAUCCUCCAUUUCUUAUUGCUGCGUCUUUCUUGUAGACAGUAAGUGAUCAAGUGCCUUUAAUGCUAGGUCUGCUGUAGGCAUGGACAGUGGAUUGUGUUUAAUUUUUAAAAUGAACCUUGCUAUCCGUUAGCAGUCAUAACUUUCAGUUUGGGAUGCAUGUGAGUUUAGAUCAGGUUCAUUUUUUACAGUGCACUGUCACUCAGCUAAGUAUCAUAAACCUCACUCUCAUGGCACAUCAUGCAGUGAUCUCAUUUUUUCGUGCAGAAUACUGGUUGAUAUCAGUCCCUAAGAAGCCAUCUCUCGUACUUUCUGGCACUCAUAAUAGACUGUUGCCUUUUGCACUGGGGAACUGUGUGCCUUCCUUCUGUCACAUCCAGUCUUCAGUGUUCUCCCCCAAUUUAUAGAGGCACAUAAUUUACUUUCAUCCCAUCAUUUUGAGCAGUCUGUGUGGCUUACUUACUUCCCUCCUGCUAAUUAUGCUGCAAUUUUGUACUUCAUUAAGAGGCUGUUAGAAAGUAUCUCAUUCAUAGAUAAAAAUGUCAGCAUAGUUCAUCUGACUUCAGGGUGUACAUUACAAGUGAUGGCCUGUUUUGCAAAGUUGUAGUUGUUUCAAAAUAAUGUGUUGUGCCAAUUACACUGCUGUGGGAGUAUGGUCCUUUAUUGUACUUGUGUUGUAUCUGAUAUUCCCCAGUGAUAUUUUUUGUACUUCCUAAAAUGUCACAGUAUUAUCUAUUUCUUACUCUUCACUGCACUUUUUUGCUAGUGUUUUGACUGUUUUUUUCUUUCCACUGUUUAUUAUGUUAGUCAACUUUACAGUUGCUGUAAGAGUUGAGUACAUGCAGUUUGUAUUCUAUUGGCAGAGCCUGGCAGAUACAGUAAGGGGUGAGUUUGCUCUUACAUGCAAUUUCCACUCGUCUUUGCAUCAGAGAAGUAGUAAUUUAAAGCACUCGUUUGUGAGAACAUUGGGAGUAGAGUAUGCACUUCACACUUAAUGAUGGGAUUUAUUUUAGUAUUUUUUGGGGGGGCUUAAAACUUACUGUUCUGUAUGAGUAAUAAUGUAGUAAUAUGGUUUUAUCUUGCAGUGUAUUCUGUAGUGUCAGGCAUUCCGCUUCAUUUAGACUGAGCUGUUCAGCUGUUUUACAGAAGCUGUGCUUUAAGGAAGGCCUGUGUAUUAUAACUGGUGUUCUUGUUUUAGAGAGACAGCCAAGGCAUCUAGUAGUUUUCUGGAAGUCUAUGUCUGUGUGCUUUUAAAAGACUUUUCAAGAGGUGGUUUCUGGUAGUUAAGUUGUGCUGUUCCCAAAUAUCCAGCCGUUCAGAACCUUGGGCACAAGUCUAACGUCAUAAGCUCAGCAGGACAAGAUAGCACUGGCAUCAUCCAGUUUUCUUUCCCCUUUUUCUGUGGGAAAGACCAAAAUCUUACUUACCUUCCCUACUGAAACUGUAGUGUGUGCAGGUAGUAGACAGCUUAGACAAGGCCAUUGUAGUGGAGAGAUGGUGGAUGAUAAGGUUUCCCUAACUCUUUAUAGCUAAGUCUGUGCUGUAGGCAGUGUAUCUUUCUCCUGUUUGUGCUGUCAUAAUUAACAUUGUUUGGAAGAAUAUGUUUGAACCAAGUUUAAUGAAGGGAAACUGCAGCAGAUAGGCUUAUAAUGACCAGUGUAAUUGCUGGAAUGAAUAGCUAUGGAUAUGUUAUUUUGUUUUUUCGAAACCCUGGUGACGUACUGGCCACAUCAGCACUUCUUGAGCAAAAGGAUUCAUUGCUUAACACACAUUCAGAUUAAUGUCUAUGAGCAACUCAUUUAAACCUGCAUAAACUUCUGAAGUAUUCUGUCAAUGUGUUCUGAAAUUUUGGACUGUUAUGUUAUGUUGUGUGUUUGUGAGUACACCUGCUGAUGCUCAGUGUUCUGUGUAUUGUGCAUAUGCUUGUAUAUAUGGAAUGGGGCCAUGCAGCCAUGUUUGAAGUUUUCUCAGGUCUAAAAUAAAUGUAGUAUGUUUCUGGAAGGUGGUGUUGAUCAGAACAUGAGUAUUUAGAUAAAAAUUAUGCAUUUCGACAUAUUUUCAUAACUUUUCUAAAUGUUUGGGUAAUGAAUGUUGACUCAUGCUCUAUAUGAAUGUGAGCAAUGGAAGAACUGGUUCUCGCAAUUUUGUGAUUAGUUAUGAGUAGCUGAACUGUGCCACUGCUGGGCAUUGGCUAGAGGUACAAAGUACUGAUAACAAGCCAGGAGUGUCCUUGCCUAAAUUUUGUCUGCUAAUGCACACUUGCCACUGUUAGCCUCUUGCAAUCAGGUCUUGAAGUUCCUUUACCUGAAGAGCUCUGAGGUAAGCUGCAUUUAUUUAGGCUUUAAGUUCUCCAAGAAGGAGAUGUUAUGAGUUACUUAAGAUUUCCUAAAACUAAAAUGUAGUGUCACUGACCUCAUGCAAAUAGCUCCUUCUGAUAUAUUGGGCAAGAAAUGUGGUGUAGUUCAAGUUGGAAUUUCUGGGUGGUCAAAUGGUAGAGGGUAUGAAAUAAGACUGCUGUAGUUGUGUUGCGUAGUAGGAAAGUGCAGUGUGUGUGUGUGUGUGUGUGUGUGUGUGUGUGUGUGUGUGUGUGUGUGUGUGUCACACGCCCACAAGUAAACCCCUCAGCAAACUGAGUUGUGUUUAGAAAAGUAAUGUAGUGUACAAAAACAAAAGUUCUUUUAUUACAAAGAAAGUGGUGCUGUUGUGCUCUUUGUACAGAUUUAAGAGCAUUUGAAUUGUGCUGGCAUGCUGUUUACUGCACAUUUCUACCCAUCUGGGUUUUGGAAUGCAGUACAAGGGGUCACAGGGCCUCAACAAAUAGCUAAAGAUUUCUUCACUGGAAAUAUUAAAAGAUUGAAGAACUUUUCAUGCUGUAUUUGUUUAUUUUGUGAGGCUACUUGUAUACCCUGACUGAUGGUCUGCAAGCAUUUUGUCUUUUAUUUACAGAGUUGAGUAAUGUGUACAUUUUUGUCAUUACCCACAAAGUAAGAGCAGAAGUUCCUGCAGCAGAUAAUGGGUAAAACAUUGAUUUAAAACUAUGAUUCUUUUUUCCAUAGGUUUGGGGAGCUAAUUAUGGCAGUAGCCAUGGUCUUGGGCAGUUAGUAAGGUCAGAGCAUUUUGAUUUCCGGGUUCUUGAUGCCCCUGUAAGCUUUAGUAAUAUUUGAUUCUCUGCUUAUUUUCAUAUAGUCAGUGCUGUGCUGCUUAGAUUAUGAUAUCUGAAAUUAAUUUGCGGUCUGUAGCUAUUAAUUGCCAGAUUUCAAACUUAUGUCCCCAUUUUCUGUUUUUGUGAAGUGACUUGAGUGUUCUGUUCUCAUUUCUUGGUUUGCAUCUGCCACAUGCAUGGGAUGUUGAAAUCUAUCAAAGCAUUUCAUUCAUCAUCUGAACAGACUGAGCUUUUAGUUAACAUUUUUCAGUGGAUUUACUAGCAUCAUUUUUUUAUGAUUUCCAGAAAGUUCAUUUGUUAUUAAGCUAUAUCUAAAGGAAAAAUGGCAUGGAAGUCCAGAGAUGGUCUCAGAUUGCCAUUUCAGUUCUUUCUUAGAAUAUUCAUAUGCUGCAACAAUUCGGAUUUUUUGUUGCAUAUACAUUUUUUUAAGAAGUGCAGUUUCAAGGAGAAAGGUGACAUUGUAUGCAGCUGCUGCCCCAGUAGUAACAGCUUUCCAUCUGAAUCCUUUUGUGAGAAAUGUAGAAACCUUGACCUCUUUCUUUUGCAUCUGUUUACGUUGGGACCUAGCUCCAUCAAUCAAAGAAAAGCACUAGUGUAAUCUGAAGAUUUUGUGUUACACUUGCAUUUUUGUUUUACAGUAAACAUUGAAAGACAUAGUAAAAAUAUAGUAAAGGGUAGUUGCUUUUAAACAUCACAUCACACUUCCAUUUUCCUUUGUGCUGGUUAAAUGUGUCAUAUGCAUAUUCUAAAUCAUUUUGUAGUUUAUCUUAAUGGUUGGUUUGCCUUACUUAUUGUGGGCUGUGUCCAUUUGGGCGUGGCUGUCUUGAAAUUUCAGAGGUUACCAUCUGUACCAGUAUAACGGAUCACAUAGUCCAGCUCAUUUCACCAAUUUCAUGUUCAAGGCUGGGUAUUAUUAAUAUUAGUAAUUUAUAUGGGGAUUAUAAGAACAACAUGCUUUCUAUACAGAAAGUUGCCUUCUGAACAUUGCAUGUCUAAUCUGAUUUCUCUGAUUUCAUCUUUUCUUGCAUCAGAGACUAUUAGUUUUCAGCCUGAAGUUCAGCGCAAGUCAAAAAAUGCAAGGGACACUUGCCUUUAGCAUCUUGGACUGGGAUUGCUGCUGGUGGAACUUGGCUACAGCCGUCUCUGGCCUUUAAUAUGAACUUCUAGUAAAGCAGUGAUAAUUUGGAACAGAAUACAGGAAAACAGGUUGACAUUCACUCUCUAAUUUUGAAACUACUUGUGUGUGACAUGAAAUUAGACUCUGAAACUGAAGAUUCACAAACACUGUUGUAUUGAAAUUGUGUCUCAUUUUUGUAUAACUGUUAUAACUAUAUUAAUGUAAAUUAUUUACUACUCAUUCUUAUGUAGACUGGAAGCUUUUGCUAAAUGUUAAGAAUCUGUGUUGGUAAAAACUGUAUUUCAAUAAAUGUUGCCUUAUCUUGG